GGUGGGCAAAGGGUGAGCAAACACCUCAUAACUUCGUUCCACAUCGUAACUUCAUUGAGCAGGAGGAGAUCGCAAUCUUUAAUGGAUUUGGCGCACGUGGUUGAAAGCUGAGCAUGGGUUGUGGGAUACAAAGUCUCAGCCUGAACUUUUCCCCCCGUCCUCUGCCCCACUCCUGGAACGUGCUCCUCUCACAAGAGCUUGGGAGGUUUUUUUCCAGAUUUCCAGCGCUUUGGUCCAGCUUUGAAAGCUCUGGCUGAGUAUUGUGAGGAUGGCGUUCAGAUUAUUCCCUGCUAAAAACUUCAGCUUUGCCAUCUGGCACCAGAUCCUUUCCUGUCACCCAGCUUGGUCCGCGCUCCUGGGAUUGACGGCGUUUCCUUGGUUCUCCCGGUGACAGCAAUGUAGCAAAGAGGAUGUGGGAAAGGCUUUGCUUCAGCCGCUCCUCCGUGCUCUGCAGGCCUGGUCCCUGCCCCAGAGCAAUGCCAGGUUUCCUGCAGCCACGGGAAGGAGGAUGUUAGGUGCCUGUGGGGGUUUUGGCUGGGCUGACACUUGCCAGCCACCCCUGCCACUGAGCUGUGUCAGUCCCGCUGGCCUCAGAGGGCUCAUUCCCCUUGAGCUGUUUGUUUGUGAUCCCUGUCUCCAGGGCAUUUGGCAGGGCAGCUUGCUGAAGUGAGCACCCUGUCCUUUGGUUUGGGUAAGAUCUGGAAAUGUGCAUCCUGAAGGCCCAGGAACCGCCCAGGAAGGAGGAAUGCUGUAUGACUGGAUUUCUCCAUCUCCAGGCAGAUUCUGGGCUGUGCUGCUGUGUGACCUCUGCUGUGUACAAAGGAGGUGGCUGCUUGAAUCAGAGGGAUAGAGAGUUUCUCAUUCCUUAGUGGAAUCUCAGAUUGCCUACCAUGGGCCAAGAUAGCAACAUAACAAAAUAAAACAAAAUUGGCAUUUUAAAUGCUGAGGGGGUUGUGAAAUUUUCAUAAGAUCCUGCCUGCAGCUCAGAUGAUGGCCACAUUUGCAUGGGCUGAUCAAAAACUACCAUUUUUAAUCUGUGGGGCUCAGUUUAAUUAUUGUAAUCCAUUUAAUUUGAAGAAUUUUCUGCACAUAUGAAUACCCAGACCUAUGGAAAACCUGAAACAAGCUGAAAGCAGAUAAGUUUUCUUUGUAAAAGCUGUUUAAAGGAUGAAAUUUUUUUCUUAGACUGCUGUCCACAUCCUGCUGUGAGUUAUUGAAAGCCUCUCAAUCCUUCCUUCCUUUUUAUGAAUCUUCACCAUAAAACCAAAGUCAAUAAUCAAACCACGUCAAACAGAAUUUUCUGAGUGGGUCAGCAAAGCCUGCAGGAAGGAGAGAUGGUGAAUGAUAGGAAGUGAGCUGUGGUGCUUUUUUCCCCAGCUUUGUAUCUCACCAUAAUUUGUGCUGGAUUUUAAUGGAGCAGCCAUAACGCUUUCCCCCAGGAUUUUUAGCUGCAACACACUCAUUGUGUCAGCACAUGAGUGAUUGAAAGGACUGGAUUAGUGCUCAAGGCUCAGCCUUUGGUUGUUACAAGAGGGCCCAGAAGAGCAGCACUCUGGAAGACCCAUUUUCACUCAGGUCUUUGCCACAUCUCAACCACAUAAUUGAUGUAACAUGUCAAUUUGCAUAAUGGCACCAACAAACUUUCCUACAACUGUGGGGUGACAAAAAUGAUGUAACAUUUUCUGAGUUACCAUAAAUCAGAGACUUUCUUUCCACUUGCAAAAUGAUUGGAAGGAAAUGGAAAUGGAAAUGAGUACGAGCUGGCACUUGGAUGCUGACUGGGAUACACUGGCCAUACAAGGAUCAGAAUGACCUCAGAGUCAGCAAGGCUCUCCUGCCUCUGGACGUUUGCCUGAAUCCCAGAGUGGCUGGUGGUGAGGGAUAGGCCCCCAGAACAGCACAGGUCCACAGAGUGUGGGCUCAGCUGUGGAGCUCCUUAUCACAGGAUGCUGCACAGACUGAACUUUGCACAGGUCCAAGGAACAGCUGGGCUGAUCUGUGGCACAGAACAGCUCCUGAGGGCGUUGCAGUGCAAAGGCAUCACUUGCACUCCAGGCACUCCACAACACUGAGCAUAAUGCUCCCAUCCUCUUGUGCAGGAGUCUGCUGGUGAAGGGAUGGAGCCUAGCCAUGGCUGUCCCUCUGUACCACCAGGAAACCCAUGGCAAGCUCCCAAGGCUGGCUGAGAAGGCCCCACCUGCUCCCACACCAGCACCUGGGACCAGGCACAGCUCUGGUGUAGGCAAUGAAGGAUGACCCAAAGAGCAGCACUACAAGCUUCCUUUCCCAAGCAGGAGCUGGCAGCCUCAGACUCUUUUCCUCUCCCCAGGUUUGAGGGAGUCAAACCUCUCCUCAGCCUGUUCUCUCCUUUCAGAGUGACAUUUGCAUGUGACCUUUGGGAGGGCAGGUGUCUGUGCUGCUUGUGCAGGUGAGCUGGGUUUGACACUGCUCCUGGCAGAGAUCUGACACGCUGGGUGUGAAGCAAACACAAAUCUCCUAAAUCAGCCUCCCUAUUCACUAAAGCCAGCCCUCAGAAGGGUCUGAGCCAGCCUCUUAAGCACACUGGUGUAGGGAGGGUGUGAGUGGCAGUGGCACCAGUGAGGAAUUUUUUUGGGUCAGGAUCAGUGGCAGAGACUCCCAGCUGAAUGCCCAUUUUCAAGUGGAGGCUGGGAAGAACUCAUGGGCUGCUGCCAUUGCAGUGCCAGAGGUGUGAGUGGCUUUUGGCUCUGCUCUGGACAAGUCACCUUACCCCACACUCACCCUGUCCCCCACUUUGACUUGCAGAUCUUUGGGGGCCUUGUGUGGAUCCUGGUGGCAUCCUCGAGGGUCCCAGACGCCAUGCUGCAGGGCUGGGUGAUGUUUGUCUCCGUGUUCUGCUUCGUCAUGUCCAUCUCCCUCCUGUGCCUCUACCUCUGCGGGGCUCACGGCGGCGGCGGCAGCUGCUGGGUCACCUUGGAUGUCAUCUGCCACUGCACGGCAGCGCUGUUCUACCUCAGCGCCGCGGUGCUGGAAGCCUACAUGACCUAUUCCCUCAGCUUCUUCCUGCCCCUGGCACAGCAGUACAGGGAGAACAUUGCUGCCGUGGUAUUUGCAUUCGUGGCCACCCUGCUUUACGUGAUCCACAAGGUGUUCUCGCUCCUGCGGUGGAAAUCGUCCUGAGAGCCUGAACAGCCCCAGGAACAAUGGCUGCCAUCUCCGGGCUGGGUUUGGGGUUUGGGUUUUAAUGUAUAGCCUAGAAACAAGCAGCUUUUUAUGUGGGAUCUUGGUGAUGAAGACAAGGAGCCUGCCAGAGAAAGGAAUAUCCUGGCACAAUCUGUUUCCCUUCAGUAGCUUACAGGCUGGGUACAGUUUGAUGCUGGGGCCAAAAAAAAAAAAAAAAAAAAGCCAUCCAGCUUUAAAAAACCAUAAUGUAGUUGGGUUCAAAGGGCUAAAAUAUCCCUGGACUUUACCUUUAUGUGUCCAGGGUUGUUACUGGUAUCACGGGAAAAGUGAACAAGCACCAAGAGGCACAAGUGUGAAACUGUGUCAUUUUAAUUGCUGUGUGACCGUUUAAGUGUGUUUCCCCCCCUAAAACCACUGUACAAAUUAACAUUUUCAUGCAGUUUCUGAAAAUGCCUUCUCUGACUUGCAAUGAGCAAUGGGAAUAUUUACCUCAGCUCGGGAGCAAUGUGGGUCACUGCAGCUCCUGAAGGGUGCUGCUGAAUUCUGAGGCAUGACCGUAAGGCCAGGAAUUAUCACUGCCCUUGAUCCCACCCCUACAAAGCACAGCCUGGAAGGGGCCCAGUGGGCUGUAGGAGAAUUCCCUGGGUGAUCAGAAUCAAAUCCUCAGUAAGCAGAAGCAAUCAACUCCUGCAUUUGGUGAAUGGCUACUCUCUCACACACUGCCACGGUGUCACUAAUAAAGAUGGGUUUGCUGUGA